AUGGAAGCAGCCACAGCUCUGGAGGCGGCCUCGGGAUCCACACUGAAGGUGAAAGAAAUGAGCCCAGCCGAUGCUGAAGGACCCCCGGCUUUAUCUCAACAAGAGUCCGGCUGCCCCAUUCCCCAGCUCCUGUCCCUUACAGACGAGCACCCCAAGAUCUGGCUACCUCGGACCUUGAGGCAGACCUAUAUCCAGAAGGUCGGAGACACUGUGAACCUACUAAUCCCAUUCCAGGGCAAACCCAAACCUCGAGCCACCUGGACACAUGAUGGCUGUGUCUUGGAUGCCAGCCGUGUGAGUGUGCGGAAUGGGGAGCAGGACUCCAUCCUCUUCAACCGAGAAGCCCAACGCGACUCGGGUCGCUACCAGCUCAGUGUGCAACUGGGAGAGCUGGAGACCACUGCCACCACUGACAUCCUGGUGAUCGAGAGGCCAGGCCCUCCUCAGACUAUCAAGUUGGUAGAUGUUUGGGGCUCCAGUGCUACUCUGGAGUGGACACCUUCCCAAGACACAGGCAACACAGCACUCCUGGGAUACACCGUGCACCGUGCUGACACAAAAUCUGGGCUGUGGUUCCCAGUGCUGGAGCGUUAUCAAGGCACCAGCUUCACGGUCUCCAAGCUUAUCAUGGGCAACUCCUAUGCCUUUUGAGUCUUUGCUGAGAACCAGCAUGGGCUCAGUGAGACCGCCCCCAUCACUGCUGACCUUGUGCACAUCCAGAAAGCAGAGACUGCUUGCAAGACCGAGGGGUUUGCGCAGCGAGAUUUCUCUGAAGCCCCAAAGUUCACCCAGGCUUUGGCAGACCGCACGACGGUCAGCGCCUAUGACACGCAGCUCUUCUGCUGUGUCUGCGCCUCUCCCAAGCCAAAGAUCAUCUGGCUGAAGAACAAGAUGGAUAUCCAAGGCAACCCCAAGUACAGAGCUCUCAGUCACCUGGGAAUCUGCUCUUUAGAAAUCCGCAAGCCUGGUCCCUUUGACGGGGGCAUCUACACCAGGAAGGCGGUUAACCCCCUGGGGGAGGCGUCUGUGGACUGCCGGGUGGAUGUGAAAGCUACUCAUUGA